CUUUAACGUGUUCUAAGUCUUUACCUCAAAACUUAAAGUAAAGUUGCGGACCAGGAAAUGGUUCAAAACUCUAAAACCGAAAGAGAAACUAGACCCAAAUACCAGAAAACUACCGAUCAUCGAAUCAACCAAUCAGUAACAAGAACAAUUAAAACGAAAGUAGGAACACAUGUGGAGAUAACUGUUUUGUUUAGGAAAGGUAACAGAGAAUUGUGAUUAGGUCAUAAUAAAUGAAGACGUUACAGAGACCAGGAUGUUAUAAACUUCAUCAAAUCACAGAACUUAUUACUGGGAACAUCAUUGGUCAUCCAAACCGAUUAAAUAAACCACUAAAGUCCACUGGAAUAAUUAAUCACUGCUUAAGAACGGUGUCCUCUGCUUCAAUUCAUCACAGAAAAUAUGGGACAGUAUUCCUGCCUCCAAAACAAGGAACAACAUAUUCUGAUGGACACAGAGGAUGGUUGUUCAAACAAAGUGUUAAACUAUUUUCAACUGGUUCCUUAUUUGAGAAUCAGUCUGAUGUAAAAGAACUGUCAAAAUUAUGGACAAAAAAGUUUGAAGAGGAAGAUGUGUCUGAGCCUCAGACAUCUGCAGAGCUAAUUAUUGCUCAUGCUCUUGGAAAGAAAAUGUUGCAUGAAGUCCCACCAGAACAUACAGUUGACCUUUCUACAAAUUUAGUUAUUCAAGAACUGUGUCAAAGGCGAUUACAAAGGGUACCAGUACAGUACAUCAUUGGAGAAUGGGAUUUCCAUGAUCUUGUUCUAAAGAUGAAAGAACCAGUAUUUAUACCCAGACCAGAAACUGAGGAACUGGCUGAUUUUGUAUGCAACUAUAUAAGAUCAAAUAACCUUCAAAAUGGCAAAUUUCUUGACAUAGGCUGUGGAUCAGGAGCUAUAUCAUUACACAUAUUGAAUUCAUUCAAAACGAUCACUGGGGUAGCAAUAGAUAAACAUAAUCAUGCCUGUGAUUUAACAAAAGAGAAUGCCAGAAACCUAGGGCUUAAUGAACGACUAAAUGUUCACCAAAUAGAUAUCUUCCAUAAAGAUACAGUUGAGAAAUUACAGGAAUAUUUACCAGUGGAUGUUGUUAUCAGCAAUCCUCCUUAUAUUCCUACCGCGCAUAUAGAUAGUUUGGAACCUGAGGUUGAGAGAUAUGAGAGCAGAGAUGCUUUAAAUGGCGGUAAAGAUGGACUUGAUGUUGUAAGACAGAUUUUGUACAUGGCUCCACAAUUUCUUCCUGUUGGAGGGCAAAUUUGGUUGGAAGUUUACCUGGAUGAACCAGAAAUGAUCAAGGAACUGGUAAAAGAAAACAAGUCCAUUAUAUAUCUUACAACAUUGAAAGAUUUCACUAAAAGGGACAGAUUUUGUGUUUUACAAGUACAGUGAUGGAUUCCAAGAAGAGGUGAUACAUCUUGAGUAUUUUGUGUUUAGUAAAAUUUCUGAAAGAUCUGAUAACAUGUUGGCUUGAGAACAUCACAUCUUUAAUGAGUUUUUUGUCAAGCAAAUUGUGAAAUUGACAUAAUAUUUAAAGAACUGCUGAAUCAAAGCCUCCGAAAUUUCAUGUUCUUAAAGUUCUCUCAAAGGGAUACUGAUGGUAUGUAAGGUUGACAAAUGAAAAUAAUUAGUAAUGACAAAAUAUGUAUUCUUUUGUUUAUGAAGUAAGAAUGCAUGUUAUUUUAUAUGAUAUAUUUUACUUUUAGUAUAAUUUUUACUUUUAUUUGUUAUUGUGAAAUAAAGGAUAUGAAUGCCAAAUUUAAUUCUAUAUCCCCUUAAAUUUUGCUUGUUUGUGCAGAAUAUAAGGUAUACCUUAUCUUGUCUUUCUGUCAUCCAU